CCGGGUGGUUUUGGCUACCUCGCUUCAUCCUUUAUAAGCACACACCCGGCGAUUCAAAGCCAGAAACGUAUCGACACCGGUAAAACAUCGAUCGCGGCCCGAACCUCCUUCCAUCCUCUUUGUGAGCCAUCGUUAACGGACCUCGCGUCGCGAAUCUCUUGAAGAGCAUCGAAAAAGUUAUUUGGAACGGAAGGAACCGAAGCAGACGGUCAGGAUGCAUUCCCAAACCAUCGCUCUAAUCGUGUUCGGAAUACUGGCUGUAGCCUUCUCCUCGCCGGUGCCAGGCUACCACAGUUCGCAUCAUCACGUCCGUAUCCAUGUACCUUAUCACGUGCACACGGUUCAUCACCAUCAUGUGAAGAAGAUACCCGUGCACCACGUCGAGAAGGUACCCGUUCCCGUUCCGAUUCCCGUCCACCACGUGCAGAAGGUGCACGUCCCGGUGCCGGUGCAUCACGUCGAGAAGGUGCAUGUACCCGUCCCGGUCAUCGAGAAGGUUCACGUUCCCGUGCCCGUUCACGAGGAGAAGAAGUGGUGGUAACUGAUACGAAACGACCGCUCUCUUCGACUCAACGUCGAUUAGGUCGUAAAGCGAGGUCGACCGAGUUAAAGAAAAUUUCGCUAAUUCACUCCUGACAGCGAAUGUUCUAGAAUCGGAAAUCUAAAGACUGGAAGGUGGGAGAAGGGAACUGAUAACUCGGACGAGCCAGCAUUAGUCGUUUAAGUCUGUAAUAUACAUAGAGCGAUUACUAUUCACUACUAUACGUACCUGGUAUGCACAUGCAGGUACUCGUAGAGGAAAGAUACUUGUACAUACUGUAUCAUGUUACUUUAUUUUUUUACAUGUACAAUACACACGUUUAAGAAAUG